AAAAUACAAGAAAAAAGGAGGAGAAGAAGAAGAAGAAGAAGUGGUCUGAGGAGGAGUUAUGUUUCUGAAAACGGAAUGAGACGCCUCACGGGCGCACCAAAGACUUGGACGGACACACGCGAGGGUCGAGUUUAAAUCGCGAGGCAACAUUCUGGCCGUGUUUGUACGCGCGCGCGACUGUGUGAGUCAGCCAGGUGUGCCCGCCGCCCCACCUGAGCCCGCGCGCGUCACGUCUCUCUCCCUUCCGCUCUUCCGGGUUCGGAGUCUGGGGUUCCGCCAUGCCGGACGUGAUGAGCGUCAGCGAGUUCAUCGCAGAGUGCAACGAUGACUACAAGGCGCCCACCACGUCCAGCUUCUCCACGCGCAUGGCCCACUGCAGGAACAGCGUGGCCGCCCUGGAGGAGGUUCUGGAUGUGGAACGGUCUGUUCUGUCCAAGCUGAAGAAGGCGGUGAAGUCCGUCUACACGUCAGGCCUGACACACGUGGAGCAUGAGGACCAGUACGUGUCGGCCAUGGAGAAGUUGGGCGACAACUGCAUGUGCGGCGAGGACGCCGCCGUCGGCGCCGCCUUCCUCAAGUUUGCCGUUUUCAGCAAAGAACUGACGGCGCUCUUCAAAAACCUGGUCCAAAACAUGAACAACAUCAUCUCCUUCCCGCUGGACAGUCUGCUCAAGGGGGACCUGCGCGGCGUCAAGGGGGACCUAAAGAAGCCGUUCGAUAAGGCGUGGAAGGACUACGAGACCAAACUUUCCAAGCUGGAGAAGGAGAAGCGCGAGCACGCCAAACAGCACGGGAUGAUUCGCACCGAGUUCAGUGGCGGCGAGAUCGCCGAAGAGAUGGAGAAGGAGCGACGCAUGUUCCAACUCAACAUGUGCGAGUACCUCAUCAAGGUCAACGACAUCAAAGUCAAGAAGGGUGUCGACUUCCUGCAAAACCUCAUCAAGUAUUUCCACGCGCAGUGCAAUUUCUUCCAGGACGGGCUGACAGCCGUCGAGAGUCUCAAACCCUCCGUUGAGAAAAUGGCGUCCGACCUGACGGCGAUCAAACAGACGCAGGAUGGCGAGAGGAAACAGCUGACUCAGCUACGAGACGUCCUCAAGGCAUCGUUGCAGUCAGAGAGUAAAGAGGAGGCCCCGGCCAAGACGAAGCAGGGAUACAGCCUGCACCAGCUGCAGGGCAACAAGGCUCACGGGACCGAGCGCUCUGGGGUCCUGUCCAAAAGGAGCGAGGGGCUGAGGAAAGUUUGGCAAAAGAGGAAGUGCUCAGUGAAAAAUGGCUUCCUGACCAUCUGCCACGCCACGUUUUUGCACGAAGAGUCAAAUGACCAAUCAAGACAAGGCAAGCAGAAGAGGAAGAAAAUGAGGAAGAGGAGGAAGAGCUUAAGGAAAAGGAUGACAGACAGAAGGGUAAAUCGACCACCAGCCAAAUUGAACCUGCUCACGUGUCAAGUGAAGAAGAAUGCCGACGACAAGAGGAACUUUGACCUCUUCUCACACGAUCGGACGUAUCACUUCCAGGCAGAGGACGAGGCCGAAUGUCAGAUCUGGGUAUGGGUUCUUCAGAACAGUAAAGAAGAAGCGCUGAACAAAGCCUUCAAAGGAGAUCAGGACGAGGGCGACAACAUCGUGCAGGAGCUCACAAAGGCCAUCGUCAGCGAGGUCAAGAAGAUAGACGGGAACGACGUCUGCUGUGACUGCGGCGCCCCUGGUCCCACGUGGUUGUCCACCAACCUGGGCGUGCUGAUCUGCAUCGAGUGCUCGGGAAUCCACAGAGAAAUCGGGGUCCACCACUCCAGGAUCCAGAGUCUCGACCUGGAUGUGCUGGGGACGUCCGAGUUGCUGCUGGCUAAGAAUGUCGGAAACGCCACCUUCAACGACAUCAUGGAGGCAGAGCUUUCUGCCAGGCACGUGGCCAAGCCUGGGCCCACCAGCGACAUGCAGAGCAGGAAGGACUUCAUCACGUCCAAGUACGUGGACAAAGCUCUGGUCCGCCACCUGUGCACCGAUGCCGAUACUCGCCUGCAGGCGCUCUACCAGGCAGUGCGCGACCGUGACAUCCUGGCGCUCAUCCAGGUCUACGGCGAGGGCGUUGACCUGAUGAAGGCCUUCUCGCAGCCGCAAGAGCAUGAGCCAGGCGAAACCGUACUCCAUCUGGCCGUCCGCAUGGUGGACAGGAACUCUCUGCACAUCGUCGACUUCCUGGCGCAGAACAGCGCCAACCUGGACCAGCAGACGUCUCGAGGAAGCACCGCAUUGCAUUACUGCUGCUUGACGGACAAUAGCGAGUGUCUCAAACUUCUGCUUAGGGGGAAAGCGUCUGUGGCCAUCACCAACGAAUCUGGAGAAACACCGCUGGACAUUGCCAGACGACUCGGACACACUCAAUGUGAAGACCUGCUGACUCAGGCCCAAUCAGGAAAGUUCAACGUUCACGUGCACGUAGAGUACGAGUGGCGGCUCCGUAACGACGACCUGGAUGAGAGCGAGGACGAGUUGGAGCCCAUUGUUUCCCGCCGUGACGAGCGGGACCGUCCCGUUAGCUGCUUCGUGGGCGCUGGUGUUCCCGCGCAGCCUGCCAGACACCGGGGUCAAAUUCCCAGCAUGAUGAUCAGCAACGAGACAUAUGGCACAGUGCUGGACCGGCACCUGCCGCCCGGACCCAACCCCCCUCUGCCACCCAGGGCCCCCGCCAGAGGGCAGGGGACUAUACCGGUUGCGUUGGAAACCAUAGGAAGGCAACGGUCUUCGUCCGACCCCCCAGCCCUAAACAUCCCGGGCAGAAACACCUCCAUAUAUGUCCUCCCAGCCGCUCCUCCCCCUCCUCCUCUUCCGCCUCCCCCGGCCAUCCACAGGACCCGGAACAAGCGCCUUUCCUCCUCAGCCGCGCCCUCCUCCCCCCCACAUCUGCCUCCACCUCCUCAUCACAAAGUGUUACCCCCUCCCCCUCCCACCAGACCACCAGGACCCAAAUCACCCAGCAGAUCAGGCAAACAAGCUCCACAGCGGUCGUCUGUUAGAAGAGAACCGACAGGCAGACGAGCUUCUCAGGGGCAGUCCCCCGAGGCUCCUCUCCCCCAACACCUAAACCAAGAACCACCUUCAGUCUGUCCAGGCCCCAAAGGGUGCGAGCCAUCUACAGGUGUUCUGCGGACAACCCUGACGAGCUAACCUUCGAGGAGGGCGAGGUGAUCGUGGUGGAGGGCGAGGAGGACAGCGAGUGGUGGGUGGGCCACGUGGAGGCGGAACCUUCACGACGGGGAGUCUUUCCUGUCACCUUCGUACAUUUUAUCACCGAAUAACUCGCAGUCUCCAAGUUAUCUUCGGCAAUCAAGGGAAAUUGGGAUGGAAAAAAUGGGAAAAGUUUGGGAAUCACUCCAAGUUUUCCAGGCCUACAGUGCUUCUGAUAAUAGUCAUCCAGUUCUUGUCCUCAGGUUUAUUGUUUGACAACUGUUUUCCCCCUGGCCUCCCACGUUUUUCCAAUAUCACAUUUAGUGCCUUUCAGCGCAUCUUAUUAAGAAAGUGAGGAUGAACAACUUCAUUUACAUUUAAACAUGAUUCCUCCUUUUGGGAAAAUGCACCAUCAAUAGUUUCUUUUAUGGAAAAUAAAAACAGCAGAGCAACGCAACCAAAUUACAGAGUACUACGGGAUACAGUUUUCACUACGUGUCCGUGAUCCACUUCUGGGUCCAGACUGAACAGUUGAGAAUCAAUUCCCAAUCUUUAUCGAUCGAGCCAAUACAUGUGCAGUGGUGACCUUGGGAUACGAGUUCAAUUGGUUUUGUUGCCACGCUCAUAACUCAAGUCAAAUGGAUUUGAAAAUAGCUCCCUAUAAUAACGUACUUUACAAAAAAACGUGUUCUGGUAGUAUUAGGGUUUAAAAAAAAAAAGAUUUAAUGGUUUUGGACCACCAUUUCUCCUUUAUUUGUGCUAACUCGGGGGUGUGCGCCUCGACCACUUGCGGCAGUAUUGGACCUGAGGCAGUAUUGGACAGAGGGAUAUACGGUACUGUUCUUUGUCUUCGUCUCGAAUCCUCGUAUGUCACUGUUUGUAAUUCUUCACACAGGAUAAAGAAUAUAUGCCUGUGCUGUAUUGUUACGUUGUCUGGCUCAAUGUGUUGCAGGACCAUUUGUGUUCAGCUAGCCAUGUGUCUAUGGAGUUUCCCAUUGUAUGCUACCAUUCAGGUAGCGGAGGCUAUUUGUUUGCUUUAAAUGAAAAGUGUACAUUUUUCUUUUAGUCUGAAAGUAAGCUCGUGCUGAGUUUUUCACCAUUUGCCUUGUUGUUCAGUGGGUUGAGCUCACUGCCACCGUACAGCGUUUGCAUCUCAAGUUUAACCUCGCAAGUCAAAUCAGAUAAUCGGCCAAUUGACGCCUUGUAUCAUAUUUGCAACAUUCUUGUUUAAGGAGAUUUCUUUUUCCAAUGUAAAAUAUGUGCCUCGGAUGAAUAAAGGUUGAUAAUUACUA